CUCAUCCCUGGGUCCUCUCUCUCUCUCUCUCUCUCUCUAGCAUGAUCAUCACCAACCAAACUGAUUGAACCCAUUACUUCAAAAGCUUCCCUUAAUAUCUUCUCUUCCUCUCCCUCUCUGUAUCUCUUUCGCCAUGGCUGAGGAUAAGGAGAUGUCGGCGGCUGUAGUUGAUGGGCAUGAUCAAGUUACUGGUCACAUAAUUUCCACCACCAUUGGAGGAAAAAAUGGAGAACCAAAACAGACAAUUAGUUACAUGGCUGAGCGUGUUGUAGGAACAGGAUCAUUUGGGGUAGUUUUCCAGGCAAAAUGUUUGGAAACCCGGGAAACUGUGGCGAUUAAGAAGGUUUUGCAGGAUCGGAGAUAUAAGAAUCGAGAGCUGCAGAUAAUGCGUGUGAUGGAUCAUCCAAAUGUGAUUUCUUUGAAGCAUUGCUUCUUCUCUACCACAAGUAAAGAUGAGCUUUUCCUCAAUUUGGUUAUGGAGUAUGUGCCUGAGAGCUUGUAUCGGGUACUGAAACACUACAGCAGUGCUAACCAAAGGAUGCCGCUUAUCUAUGUGAAACUUUAUAUGUAUCAGAUAUUCCAUGGACUUGCGUAUAUCCACAAUGUUGCCGGUAUUUGUCACAGAGAUCUGAAGCCUCAAAAUCUUUUGGUUGAUCCUCUCACUCAUCAAGUCAAGAUCUGUGACUUUGGAAGUGCAAAACAGCUGGUUAAAGGCGAAGCCAACAUUUCUUACAUAUGUUCGCGUUUCUACCGAGCCCCUGAACUUAUAUUUGGUGCCACGGAAUACACAACUUCCAUUGAUAUCUGGUCAGCUGGCUGUGUUCUUGCCGAGCUUCUUCUUGGCCAACCAUUAUUUCCAGGAGAAAAUGCUGUGGAUCAGCUCGUAGAAAUUAUAAAGGUCCUUGGUACACCAACUCGAGAAGAAAUCCGUUGCAUGAACCCGAAUUACACAGAUUUUAGGUUUCCACAGAUAAAGGCACAUCCUUGGCACAAGAUAUUCCACAAACGAAUGCCUCCAGAAGCAAUUGAUCUUGCAUCCAGGCUGCUCCAAUACUCCCCAAGCCUUAGAUGCACCAUGCUUGAAGCGUGUGCUCAUCCAUUCUUUGAUGAACUCCGAGACCCUAAUGCCCGUCUUCCAAAUGGCCGACCUUUCCCACCUCUAUUCAACUUCAAACAAGAGAUAGCCGGAGCAUCGCCAGAGCUUGUCAACAAGUUGAUACCCGAUCACGUCAAGAGACAACUGGGUCUCGGUUUCAUGCAUCCGACCGGGACAUAAAGAUCCCUCGCCAGACUCGGGUAGACAAACAGAGUUAUGUAAAUGUGUAUGUAUACGCCGGCAAGAUGACAUCUGAGACAAUGCACUCGUCGAAUGGUUCCUCACUCAUCAGAAUAGUUAGAUGGUAACACGGCUGCGCCAGAAUUGCGCAGUAGUGCUUCUCUUCUCCUUUUAGCUUAAGAAAGAGCUGAAAAGAGAAAGGGACCGCUCUUGUGUUUUCUUUCUCAUCUUUGUGUCUGUAAAUUACUUUGCCACA